AUGACAAUGAGUGCUAUGGCCAUUUCUCGGGUCAUCCAGGCUUCCGUGCAGGACCUAGUGUUCAUCAAUUUCCGAGGAGUGGAAAUUCGCUGUGGCUUCCUAAGCCACCUCAUGGCCGCCUUUGAAACACACCAAAUAAGUUUCUUCAUUGACAAAUACGAACAAAAGGGAAAUGACCUUAAACACCUCUUUGAAAGGAUAGAGCAGUCGCCGAUCGCACUAGCAAUCUUCUCGGAGAGGUAUGCACAAUCCAAAUGGUGCUUGAACGAACUGGCAAUGAUGAAGAAUCUCGCAGACAAGAACACGUUGAAAGUGAUUCCGGUAUUCUACAAGGUGAAGGUAGAUGAUGUGAGAAAACAGACGGGAAAAUUUGGCGACAACUUUUGGAAGUUGGCAAAAACUUCUACUGGUGAGGAGAUCAAAAACUGGAAAGAAGCUUUGGAGUUUUUUACCAACAAGAUGGGCUUGACGUUAUGCGAUAACAGGUAUUCUACGUGA